AAGAAUAGGUGCUGAAAUUGUGGAAUGCAGCCAGGAAAGCAAUAAUUGAUCUUGUUGAUCCCAAAGUCUGAACACUUCAGUGACUCUGCCAGCAUUUGCAUCUUCAAUGGUGGCAAACCUUUGCGGAAUCUGAACCUCAUGAAUAAAAUGAAGCAAAUUAUAACCAUGAAUUAUAGGUUCCACCUGCGACUUCCAAAACAGAUAAUUUGUCGAAUCAAGCUUUUCAGUAAUGAUGUGAUUUAGAUUGGUGUUCACUGGAACAGGAUGCACAGGUGGCACAGCACCGCUGUGCGGUGGAUUGGGGUCACCACCACCACCAGUAACAGGUGUAGCCAUGAGUGAACGAAGAAAAACAGCCAAACACCACACGCGGAAACAGAAAAUACAAUCGCACAAGCAAAGAACAGAAUCGCAAAGCAGGAAAAACGAACCAAACAGAAUCGGAAUCAAUGCAGAAACAUCUUGUGAUGAACUCUGAUCGUAAGGAAAAACUCAAUCGCACCACAAAAAUUGGGAAAAACAGAUUGAAUCGAGCAAAAGGCCCAGAAAAAUCAACUCAGUAGAGUGAAAGGCUCAGAAAGGAGAAGAGAAUCGAGCAAAGCUCGGAAAAAGAGAAAAUAUCAGAGAUUCUUCUUCUAGAUCGAAACCUGAAGCUCUAUGAUACCAUGUUGAGUUUCUGUUAUUGAUUCGGAAUGUGAAAAAUUAGUUACAACAGUUUGCAUCUCUCUGUAUAUAGAGAUCAACAGAAAACUAACUACAGCAGUUAAUCCAUCAUGGUUAACUGUGAACUAACCAAACAGAAGUGAGAGCUGUACAAACACAGCUGUGCAAACCAAAAUACAAAGAGAAGAGUAAGAUACUCUAAUAGUGAUUGACAGGAUCUGUAGAAACCCUUUGCUAGACAACUCUAAUCUAAAUGAUUUUAUUAUGCAUUAUUCAAAAGGCUAGCAAUGCAUUAGAAGUACUAAAAGAGGUCCUUGAUGCUGUUGAUGCUCAAAAUCCUCAGGGAGCAAGGGAUGAAUUCACCCUUGACCUUGUAGAACAAUGUUCUUUUCAAGAACAAAGGGUUAUGCAUGUUGUGAUGGCUUCUCGGGAUGAAAGGAUAAUUUCUCGAGCAAUUGAAUUGAAUGAGCAACUUCAGAAAGUUCUUGCAAAACAUGAUGACCUUCUUGCUGGCAGAGUUACAAUGACCACCACUCGAUUUGACCAUGAGGAGGAAGAGGAGGAGCCUGAACAGUUAGUCCAAAGAUUACUGGCGGGAAGGGAAAGGCUUGUGCAAGGGCCUGAAGAUGAGGACACUGAAACCGACAUCCCUCGUUUGGGUUUGCUUAGAGAGAGUCCACUAAUACGACCACCCACUCUCAAUAGAGUCACCAUCCCGAGAAGUUGAUACUCGUUCUCCACCAGUUGUGAUCCCGCCAUCUCGAGAAGCUGAUUCCCAAUCUUCACCUGUUGUGAUACCACCUCCUCGGUCGAAACAGAAUGGGGAGGUUCCUCAUCCAGUGGCAAUUCCACCCCACCUGCAAAGCACAUUGAGAGGGAGAGGUUUUUUCAGGAGAACAAGGAUGGUUCUAAUUUGUCUGGCCACAUGAGAGGUAUCUCCUUACAUAGUCGUAAUGGCAGCAGCUCUCGAAGUGGAAGCAUUGAUUUUAGGGACUGAUCUCUUGACAAC